AUGUUACUCUAUACACUGAAAAAAAUAACCUCUGAUCAAAAAUUAACAAAUAGAAAAACAAUAUUUUAUGUUCUGCGAAUACUGUUUUAACAUUAAAAGAUGAAUUUAAAUAAUCUCCCUAAAAUAUUGGCCUCAUGUGGAAACCAAAUGAAGGUUUUCCGAAGGUUAUACACUCCUCGAAGAGCUUUACUCUAUGUACCUGGGGAUGAUAUAAAGAAAAUUAAUAAAACUAAUGGUUUAGAUGUCGACUGUGUUGUUUUAGAUUGUGAAGAUGGUGUUGCUUUAAAUAAAAAAGAUGCUGCCAGAACAAUUAUUAGAGAUAUGUUGGAUAAGGGAAAACCACAAAAAGACAGACCAUUUGACUGGGGAGUACGGGUAAAUUCUGUAGAUAGUGGCUUAUGUAAAAAUGAUCUUCAGGCAUUAUUGACUGCUAAGAACUUACCAGAUACAGUGUCUUUGCCAAAAGUUGAAACUACUGAACAUAUUAAAUGGUUUUCAGAUCAGGUUGAUAGUUUAGUAAAACAAGAUAAAAAGGUGAACUUGAUCAUUUUUAUUGAAUCUGCCAUUGCAUUUUUAAAUUUGGUGGAUAUUUGUAAAGCUGCAGAUACUUUGUCAAAACAGUGUAAAAUAAUGCCUUGUGCCCUUGUGUAUGGAGGAGAUGAUUUUGUAGCUAACAUUGGGGCAACUAAAACUGAGGAGGGUUUGGAAACACUAUAUGCGCGACAAAAACUAGUUUUAGUGGCAAAGGCAUUUAAUUUACAAGCUAUAGAUAUGGUUUAUAUUAAAUUCAAAGAUUUAGAUGGCCUUAGAAAACAGUCUGAGCAGGGUUCAAAUAUGGGCUAUACUGGUAAACAAGUUAUUCAUCCAGGACAAGUUCCUAUAGUACAAGAUGCAUUUCUACCAAAUUCUUCAAAAGUUGAAUGGGCCACAGGUUUGCUGAAAUCAUUUGAGGAACAUCAAAAAACUGGAAAGGGAGCAUUUACAUAUAAAGGCAGUAUGAUUGAUAUGCCGACAAUGAAACAAGCUAAAAAUAUUGUUGACACUAUAAAGAUUCUUAAGAAGUAAUGUCGUGAAUAUUUUUUGUAAUGAAAGGAAUAAUUUAUACAUUAAGGUAUAAUAAUAUUAAUCUUCCACUUGAACAAUAAAAUAUUUUGUACAUACAAUUUUUGAGUAGUUUAUAUCAGAAUUCGUGAAACUACUAUUCAAAUACAAGUGAUGAUUUUUGUGAUACCAAUAAAAAUGUUCAAUCUGUGUAAGAAGAAUAUCAUAAGAAUAUUCUAUUUCAAAUACAUAAGUGUGAUAUGAUAAUAAAAAAAAUUAUAUUGCUGUAA